AUGAAAAAAAGUCGAUUCGGCAUUUGUGUCGGCUGGCGUCGCUACAAACAAGCUCCCAAUUUGCGCGAAGUGAGGCAAUUGAAAAUUGAUUCGAAUAGAUCGCAGCCCAAGACGACGUUGCUCUCGGCUGUUGUGUCGCUUGACGAGGAGACGCAUCUUGCAACCACAAUACUGACCAACCAGUCAUGUCAUGGGCUCUUUGGCAAAAAGGAGAAGCGGAAGUCACUUUCUCGCCUUAACAACCGUAUUGUGCAUAUGCCCUUUAGUGCGACCUCGUGUUUACAACUUGUUCGUCUUGCCAUUUGCAUGCUGACCUCGACGAAGGCAUUGCAUUGUCUGGCCUUCGACAGCGCCAUUUGUAGACAUCAUUUGCGCUGCCUAGCCUCAAUCUCGCCCUGUGCCUCUACCCUCGAGCGCUGCAUCUCUUCUUCCAACCUGUUCCAAUCCAACCCACUUCAUAAGUACCGUUCUCCAGUGGCGCCCGAUUCAAACGCCACUGUUGAAUUGGCGCAAUGGCGGCGUCGGCCGCAUCGAUCCGAAUUUUACGGUCUGCCACAGCCACAGCCGCCGUCGGCGCCGCCACUGCCGUCGGGCGUGACGGUCAUGCGUCAGGCCAAGACUCGAGCGGCCGACACGUGGGCUGCCAAAUGGGCGACCCGCUAUUCCCAGCUCAAGAAGCGGUGUGUGUGUGUGUAUGGUCUGGCUCUGAAGUUCGAGCUCGCUGCAUUGUCGGCGCCGGAGGUAGUGCCUCUCCAUUGGCGGAGGUGGCAGCCGAGUCGAGCCAGGCCAAGGCGAGCAAAACUGUCGAUCAGGCCAGGGUCUAGUUAUCCCCUUGGACUGUGCACGCGCGUGCGCACGACCGUCUGUCAGUCAGUGUGUCAGCGUUGCCUGUCCGUACGUGCGGACAAGUGUCCACUGCCCUGCUCAAUGGGCGUCCAAGCUGCCUCAGCCUGGACGGCUGAACCUGGCAGUAUUGACGUGCACGCGCGCCGUGGACAGGCGCGCCGUCUGACCUUAGCUAGACGCCAGCAUGCCUCGUCAUUUUCGUCAGCUCUCCCAGCGCACUCCACUCCACUCUACGCUCUGCUCGGCUAUCACCGUGCCUGA